UGAAGCUGAACCUGGCCUCACACGCUCCUAGAGGACCACCUCCUGAGACAGAGUUCUUUUUCCCCCUUCUUCUUCUUUCUCCAAGCUCCCCUCCUGCCCUCCCUCCCUGCCCAGUACAAUGCAUUCUUGAGUGGCAGCGUCUGGACUCCAGGCAGCCCCAGAGAACCGGAGCAAGCCAAAGAGAGAGGACUGGAGCCAAGACACUCUGGUGGGGGAGCUUGGAUGCCUGGCUUCCUUUGAGGACAUCUUUGGAACGAGGGUGGCUUUGGGGUGGGGAGUUGUGCUGCAGGGAAUCCAGCCAGGCCCCAAGAUGGACACUUCUGGGCACUUCCAUGACUCCGGGGUGGGGGACCUGGAUGAAGACCCCAAGUGCCCCUGUCCAUCCUCCGGGGAUGAGCAGCAGCAGCAGCCGCCACCGCCGCCGCCACCAGCACCAGCACCACCAGCAGCCCCCCAGCAACCCCCAGGACCCCCGUUGCAGCCUCAGCCUCCGCAGCUUCAGCAGCAGCAGCAGCAGCCGCAUCCCCUGUCUCAGCUCGCCCAACUCCAGAGCCAGCCCAUCCACCCCGGCCUGCUACACUCCUCUCCCACUGCUUUCAGGGGCCCCCCUUCAUCCAACUCCACCGCCAUCCUCCACCCUUCCUCCAGGCAAGGCAGCCAGCUCAAUCUCAAUGACCACUUGCUUGGCCACUCUCCAACUUCCACAGCCACAAGUGGGCCUGGUGGAGGAGGCCGGCACCGGCAGGCCAGCCCCCUGGUGCACCGGCGGGACAGCAACCCCUUCACAGAGAUAGCCAUGAGCUCCUGCAAGUACAGCGGUGGGGUCAUGAAGCCCCUCAGCCGGCUCAGCGCCUCCCGGAGGAACCUCAUCGAGGCUGAGCCCGAGGGCCAGCCCCUCCAGCUCUUCAGCCCGAGCAACCCCCCGGAGAUCGUCAUCUCCUCCCGGGAGGACAACCAUGCCCACCAGACCCUGCUCCAUCACCCCAAUGCUGCCCACAACCACCAGCACGCCGGCGCCACCGCCAGCAGCACCACCUUCCCCAAAGCCAACAAGCGGAAAAACCAAAACAUUGGCUAUAAGCUGGGACACAGGAGGGCCCUGUUUGAAAAGAGGAAGCGACUGAGUGACUAUGCUCUGAUUUUUGGGAUGUUUGGAAUUGUUGUUAUGGUGAUAGAGACCGAGCUCUCUUGGGGUUUGUACUCAAAGGAUUCCAUGUUUUCACUGGCCCUGAAAUGCCUUAUCAGUCUGUCCACCAUCAUCCUUUUGGGUUUGAUCAUCGCCUAUCACACACGUGAAGUCCAGCUCUUCGUGAUCGACAAUGGUGCGGACGACUGGCGGAUAGCCAUGACCUACGAGCGCAUCCUCUACAUCAGCUUGGAGAUGCUGGUGUGCGCCAUCCACCCCAUUCCUGGCGAGUACAAGUUCUUCUGGACGGCGCGCCUGGCCUUCUCCUACACACCCUCGCGGGCGGAGGCCGACGUGGACAUCAUCCUGUCCAUCCCGAUGUUCCUGCGCCUGUACCUGAUCGCCCGCGUCAUGCUACUGCACAGCAAGCUCUUCACGGACGCCUCGUCCCGCAGCAUCGGGGCCCUCAACAAGAUCAACUUCAACACGCGCUUCGUCAUGAAGACCCUCAUGACCAUCUGCCCCGGCACCGUGCUCCUCGUGUUCAGCAUCUCACUGUGGAUCAUCGCUGCCUGGACCGUCCGCGUCUGCGAAAGGUACCAUGACCAGCAGGACGUAACUAGUAACUUUCUGGGUGCCAUGUGGCUCAUCUCUAUCACAUUCCUUUCCAUUGGUUAUGGGGAUAUGGUGCCCCACACAUACUGUGGGAAAGGUGUCUGUCUUCUCACGGGCAUCAUGGGUGCGGGCUGUACUGCCCUGGUGGUGGCCGUGGUGGCCCGAAAGCUGGAACUCACCAAAGCAGAGAAGCACGUUCACAACUUCAUGAUGGACACUCAGCUCACCAAACGGAUCAAGAAUGCUGCGGCCAAUGUCCUUCGGGAAACGUGGCUAAUCUAUAAACACACAAAGCUGCUAAAGAAGAUUGACCACGCCAAAGUCAGGAAACACCAGAGGAAAUUCCUCCAAGCAAUCCACCAACUGAGGAGCGUCAAGAUGGAGCAGAGGAAGCUGAGUGACCAAGCCAACACCCUGGUGGACCUUUCCAAGAUGCAGAACGUCAUGUAUGACUUAAUCACAGAACUCAAUGAUCGGAGCGAAGAUCUGGAGAAACAAAUCGGCAGUCUGGAGUCGAAGCUGGAGCACCUCACCGCCAGCGUCAAUUCCCUGCCCCUGCUCAUCGCGGACACCCUGCGCCAGCAGCAGCGGCAGUUCCUGUCUGCCCUCACGGAGGCCCGGGGCGUCAGCGUGGCAGUGGGCACCACCCACACCCCACUCUCCGACAGCCCAAUCGGGGUGCCUCUACUCGGGAGCAGCAAGAGGAGAUGACAGGAAGCGACGCCUCUGGUAGGGCCCUUGCGGCACAGUUGGUGGAGAACAGACACCCACGUUCAAUCUCAGGUCUUCACGUGGUGGGGGGUGGGAGCUCAGAUGCACUGAAGUAGCCGGCAGUGAAGCCAGCCCGGAGGAGGGUCCCACGGGGGGAGGGCAUGGUGUCAGGCUUGGGGGAUGGGUUCCUCACCCCGGGGUCCUCCAGCCCACCUGUCUGCGUUCCUUCUGUCUAAGGAAGCCCCUGGAUGACAAAGUAAGGGAGAGCUGCCCACAGCUUUUGCCAAGACAGACAUGCUUUCCUGCCAUCCCUCGCACAGUCAUAAAACAAAAUUUAGACUGAAAGAAAAAUAGACAAAUAAAAAGCCAGACUUUCCAUCCAAUAUUAAUACCCAUAUAAACCUGUGUAUUUGCAAGCGUGUGCAUGUACACACACACAUACACAUCCCACAGUCAACCCAGGUCUUUUCUGGUUUGCACCUGGCCCAAAUAAAGAGGGACCUGGUACCUUACCCUGCACGCAGUAGGCACUCUCUAAAUGCACGUUGAGUUGGUCUGAAUCGGGAUGUGGGUGCUGUCAGUUCAGGUAGUUUGCCAGUGUCGGCCACGUCCUGAGCUUCACUGAAGAUGCAGGUUGCUUCAAACACAAAACCGGGUGCUUUGCCCUGGGUAUGCACCAUGCUUGCUCUGAGAUGAAUGACAAGCCAAAAUUGGCAUUCUGGAGAGAUAAGCAGCCUUCUAAAAAUAACAGCUUCUGCAGAGUUUUCAUCUUAUAUCCAAACAAGCUGUGUUCCACUGGAGCACAUGAUCAGGUGUAUGUGUGUGAGGGAAGGGGGGCGGGACCUGUCCAGGCAAGCACACACAUGCGCCGACAGGUGCGACCCCAGGACACCUGCAUGAAUAGAAGUAUUGUCAGGGGGGUUUGCUCAGUGCUAUUUAUCCAGCAACAGGUUUACAGCCCCAGAUGUUAGGAGCGCAAAGGGGUCAAGUGCCUCACCUGAGAGCUGGGAGAAGUGAUGGUGAGUGGCCCAGCUGGUCCUUUCUACCUGACCUAAAACCACCUCAAAGUGUAAGGUUAUGAGGAUAAAGGGAGAUUCUAGGGAACCCUGUGGGUAAGAUAAGGUGACAGGUAUUUGUCAGUAUCCUGUUCCUGCUGUGCCACGUUAAUCUUGGUGCAGAAACUAUUGUAAUACAUCUCAAACUCCAAGGGACUCCAGAAACAUCCAGAGCCAGUGUAUGACAGGCAUUGUGAGGAGAGGGCAUGCGGAUGCGUGAUAUUUUCCGCACUCCAUCACCUGACCAUGCAUAAUGUUUGUGUUGUGAAAACCAUCAUACUAAUCAUCACAUUUCUCAUUCUGAGGUCUUUGACGUCUGCUUGUGGGGACUUAAAUCAUACUGUAGGGAAUAUUUCAUCUGUUUAGGGUACAACAGAAGGGUGUCAUUUGUGGAUGGCUGUCCUGUUGGGUUUCACUUUGUACAGGACAUCACCACUUUUCCAAAGGCAGAGUCUAGCUGUGAAGACUUUUCCUCUACAGCACUGGGCCUGGUCUUCUAAGGGCAAGGGAAUCAUCAGACAGCAAAAGGUAGACCACCCUAGAAAGGCCACUCUUUCAAGAAGAGCUGGUCUCUUGUUCAACCUCGUCUUAUAUCUCUUUUCAUUGCUGUGCUCUUCCCUUGAUGCCCUCAUUUUUAUCUUGAUAACUCCUUUGAGCACUUUCCUUGGUUGCUUUGCACACCAUAGAUGCCGCACUUGCUGCUGGCUUUAACAUUUUUUUGCUUGUCCUUUUAACUAUUGAUUAUCUAAAAGAUCCCUCUCCUUUUUUAUGUCCCAGCAAUGGUGCUCCUGUUUUCAGUGACAGCUGAACAUAUAAACAGACCAAUAAGCAGAUGAAAUAACCAUGCGGUUUCUUUGUGGCGUUAGUUCAUUUCACAAAGAAAUGAAGUGAAGAGCGCUGACAGGUCAACCUGAACAUGCCAAUCCCAAUCAUCUAACCUACAGCCCUCAAUUCUUAAUUCCUGGUCACCCUUCCCAUUCCCCCGUAACCCUGUGAUGUGUGUGUGUGUGCACGUGCACACAAAUAGGGAUUUAAUCUGAAUUUCAAACAAAUGGCAUGCAAGACUCCACUGCUACCCCUCCUGCCAAAAAGUGUGUGUAGACUGUCAUUGACCCAUCACUGUCUGUGGGCGACUCUUCUUUAACCCACCACUAAUGCUAUUCACUUAGGUAAAUCCUGAUGACCCAUAACCUAGCAACACUAGCAAAGAGAGUGGUUGGAGAUAUUUCCAGGAGCGGUAGCCACUGGCAUCCUAGAAACAUAUGGGCAUUUGUAGCAUGACUGGACCUAUUGGUAGUGCAAUAGCUACGUAUGGUUUUUAUCCUUGGCGAAAGAGUACUUACUCUUCGGGAAAAAAAAACAGUGAUCAAAUCUGCAUGUCGAUCCUGCAAUGGUAAAUGGGAGGCUGCUUCUCUGUGCUGGUUUUUCAGCUUUAUGUGGGGAAGUUGCCCAUUCUCCUGCAAGUACAAUCAACCCUUGAUGACUUAGGUAUUGAUUAGGGUGUAGCUCACCCAGGUUUUCUUCCUAUAGCCCAUCCUUUGGUUAAUUCCACUGAGCCUCAGCAUCUUAGUCAGAUGGGGAAAGGGGGCAGGUGGAUUCUCGUGCCAUGACUUCUUGUUCUGUAAUUUCAAGUUUGGUGGUGGAGGAGGUUUAAUUAUCUACUCAAGAAUUGGCUCUAUGGAAAAACUAUUAAUUACAGUAACCUCACUCCAGUACUGAACUGAUUGAGUUCUGCCCACUCCUGGAAGGAUGACCCAGUGGCAGAGCCCCUACUAUAAUCCUUCUGAUAACUCAGUGUCAGGUAAAAGUACUCUAAUAUUCCCUAAAAUAUCUAGACACUUGAAUUAAAAAUACAGAGCCACCCCCUCAUCGCUUAAGCCAUAUUAUAGCUUCAUGUACUGUAAAGUCAGGGAUGUACUGUGAUACUUUAAGACCACUAAUCUCAGUGGAAUUUCAGGACAUAGCAUCAGUUGGUAAAUUAUAGCAGACUAGGGAGUCACUCCUCCUUAGAUUGAAGUCCAAAUAAAAAUCUGCAUCUUUGGAUCAAAGACCACAUAUGUGUGAUCACCAUCAAUAAAUUUAUCAUGAAGUGUCUAUGAA